AUGUCGCAGAGAGAUUUGUCCAGCAGUCCAGAUGGAAAUAAAAGCAGAGAAAGGAAAAAAGGCUCUCCACAUGUAGACCAAGAAGACGCCUGUGCGGCAGAUGGGCAGCAUGCUCCAAGUGCCAGAGAGCACGCCCUUUUGCACAAGACGGAUGGCGGGCAAGACAUAAAAGGCUUGAAACUCCUUCUGGGAGACGAUGUGCAGCUGGCGUAUCUAGAAGCGGUGCAGCAGCAGAUGACGCAGCAGUGCGACUAUCUGAGCGGCGCGGGCGCGGCUCUGCAGGCUUUGGAGCGCAUUCUGGCGGGGAGCAACAGAGGCCGCGAGCUGAAGCCAGGCCCAAGGGUGUACUGCCUUGCGCAGGGAGUCCCUGGUGAAGAAAGCCCCAAGCUGGAGGCGCUGCGCCGGCGGCUGGAAGAGCUAAGCAAGCGCCUGUGCGCAGAAGAGAUGGAAAACCAAGAAAGUGCGUGGGCUGAUGUGAAAAAAGACAUUCGCAAGUGCUUUAAGAUGUGCACAGAAGGAGACGCAUAUAGGUACCCAUCCAAGGAUUACAGGCCCUCGCACUGGGAGGCCUGGGUCACAAAAGUGAUAUUUGAUAUCGUUUGCGGAAACACAACGUUGCACGAGCUCCAGAGUGAAAUUGCAAGUCGCCCGAGCGUGUACCCGCUGCGCUGGAACACUCUGCCUUUUGAGAAGCCGCUGGCCCAGGUGGCAGCAAGCCUGUGGAACCUGCUCCAAGCAAGCAAGGGCAUUCCUCAGUGCACCGAGAGCGGCAGGCCUAAGCUCGGUGCGCGCAGGCCCACCUGGAAAAAAGAGCUGGCUUCGCGAUGCACGGAAAAUGAGCACACCCAAGAGAUGUGCUGCUUGGUCCGCGCACAGAAAACCCGGCAGGCAAACGCCAUAGGGCUUCUGCAAGAGCGCGAAAAGUCGCACCUGUCUGCGCGCGAGAUCCAGGAGAUCCUGCGCGAAGUGUCCACGGUGCAGAGGACAGGGAGCAUCCUUCCCGUCGCUCUUGAAACAACCCCUGGCAUGGUGGCACACGAAGCCCGGUACGUCCCAAAAGAAAGGCUUGCUGUCGCAUGCAAGAGAGUGCGCGAGCUGGUGCAGCAGGGAUUUGUAGUAAAGAGCACGGAAAGCGAGUGGCUGAACCCAAUACACCUAGUCAAGAAGAGCAGCGACGAGUGGAUCCUCUGCCUCGACCUAAGAGAGCUGAACCUGCUGGUGGCGCAGGACACGUAUCCGCUCCCAAACGUGACCACGGUCACAGACGACUUGCUCGGCACACAGUACUUUACGAAAAUCAGCAUCAAGGACGGGUUUCUCCGGGUGCCGCUGGCAGAGAAAGCCCAGGCCAAGACCACAUUCAAGCUGGGCAAGACGUUCUACAGGUUCACAGGCCUUCCCAUGGGGUACCGGAAUGCGCCAAACAUCUUCCAAAGAGUGAUGGAGAGCAUUCUGCACGAGGAAGCAGAUAUCUGCAUCGUCUACAUAGAAGACAUUCUUAUUUUCUCGAUGGACCUCGAAAGCCACCGGGAGCACAUAAAAGCAGUGCUGGAAAAGCUCAAGAAGUACGGCAUGGAGGUCAACUGGGAGAAAGCGCUUAUAGCGCGAGCACAAAUCGAGUUUUUGGGAUACUACAUUGGACACGACGAGAUAUGCCCGCUGCCGUCUAGGGUGCAGGCUGUGCUGGAUUCCCCCGAGCCAACGGACAUGAAGACGCUGAGGCGGCUUAUUGGGCUGCUGGGGUGCGACAGAAGAUUUCUGCGCAACAUAUCGGAGACGCUGAAGCCGCUGCAUGUGCUCAUGAAACAAGACGGCGCGUGGCACUGGACAGAUAUACACCAGACAGCAUUUGAGGAGGCCAAGAAAAAGCUGGCGCGCGCCCCAAAGCUGAUCAUCCCGAACUACAGGAAGCGCUUCACAUUAGAAGUUGAGUCCUCAGACGUUGGAAUAGGAGCCAUGCUGCGGCAGAACGAGGGCAUCGUGGGGUUCUACUCAGGAAACCUCACUGAAGCAGAGAGAAAAUACGCCCCUGACGAGAGACAGCUGUACGCGAUUGCGUGGGCCUUUGAGAAGUGCAAGUACUAUCUGCUGGGCGUUGAGUUUGAUUUGGUGGCCAGCCAGCAGGCGGUGGCGCUCUGCCAAAAGAAGCCUGGGCUUGAAGACACACAGCUCCGCGAGUGGCGCCGUGUGCUGUCUGAGUACAACUACGUGCUCAAAAAUAGGUGA